AACAGUUUUAGUCCUCAGUUGCUAAGAUAUUUGGAAAAUCUGCUUCUUUGCUGUCCAAGUGUAAAAACCAGCUCGAACGAAGCUUAAAUCAUCCCAAAUAAUAUUGUUCCGACUAACCUCGACGCUUUCAACACCGAAGAGCUUGCAUGAGUAAGUGAGUUUCCAUGGAAAAAAAUUUGUUUGCUGACGUCAUGGAAUGAGAAAAGCUGAUAUCAGUUGCAGUAGAAUGUUUAAGAUAUCCGCGUGUGCAAGACACGACGCUAUUGGCUCAGAAUUGUAAGAAUAGCGAAGUUGUUAAUGAGAAUGAGGAGAGCAAUCAUCCUCCCAAUGCUGGUUCUCUUUGGAUCGUGUCUCUAUGUGGGAACAUUUCUUUAUCUCAUUAUCAUCGACGAGUUUCAAGAUAUGGUUGUGCUCGAAAGCCGAGGAAAAGAGUUUGUUUUCCCUCCUUCGACCUUAAACAAUGAUAGACGUAAGGCUCUUGCUAACAUCGAGUUGACAGGAAAUUUUGCGAAUCAGAGAGAACUGGUGAGAAACGUGGACGGUCCUGAUGUCAUUCCAGAACGAACCGCAUCUCAGAGAAGUAAUAGGUCAGAACAAGUACACCAGCGGAAAAAAGCACGCAGAGAAUUACCUAUAAAGUUGAUAGAAAGAAAAGCAAGUUUUCGAGUGAAAACCAACCUGCCUUCUGCGAGUGAAAGUGAAAAAAAGAGGAACAUAGAGGAGUUAAUACACUAUGUAAGCAAUGACAAGUACUUUCCAGUUGAUUCAGUUUGCCCUUAUUUAGGAUUAAGUAAGGAAUCUUAUAUUCAAUUUAAAGACAGUACCGUCAGGAAUAAACAUUGCGUUCAACGACAGCCAUCCUUGGAUGAGUGCCAAAAGGCAGGGGGAGAAUAUAAAAUAGAAAGUCUUCCCAUUACCAGAUGCAAGGAGCAAACUGAGAAAAACCUUUGUACUAUAAGUGAUAAAUGGCGCUCAGAUCGAAGUGUCAAAGUUAAGGUACGCUGUGAUGUUCGAAGAUGCGGAAGGAAUCCUAUCUAUGCUAUGAACCUGAACCCUAACACUGGACAACUUGAAGACGAACAUCUCUGGCACAAAUUUGUUUCCAAAGCAGAUAUCGAAGCAAAUCUUUCUUCGGUUGUUAUUCAAAAUUCCAAAAAUGGCAUUAAUUUUUGUAUCGUUCAAUGUUUCAAAAACAACACAUCUCAGGUGAUCAGAACAAUUCUGAGUUUCCCUCCUGUUCUUGCUGGAACAAACUCAAAACAUCACAAACCACGGCCUGCAGUCUUAAAUAUGAACAUGGUCGUUCUGAGUUCUACGUCUCGACCUCAUUUCUAUCGAUCAUUACCCGAAUCUGUCGCCACACUACGGAACAUUGUUUAUGACAAUUCAAAAACAGCAUCCGCCCUAGAUUUCGAACUUCUACAGAGUCUGACAUCAGACUCGGCGCAAAAUCUUCAAGCUCUUCUCUCAGGGAAAACUUACGGAGAAACUCGUGUCCAAGGACCAACUCUGUUUUCUACAUUGAAAAAGCUAGGAUAUCAAAAUAUAUUCCAAACUGACCAAUGCUGGUUUGGGGUUGAUUAUAAAAAUCUGGGAAAAAGCUUUAACAUGGAAUGGAACCACUGUGACGCUGGAAUGACCCAUGUAGCUUGCCAAGCGACAGAAGUGUACAGAGUCAGCGAUAAACUCGAUGGAAAUCACACGACGUCGGCUUCUUGUUUGAACGGUCGUUAUGUUUUCGACUAUAUCUUCGAUUUCAUAGACAAAUUUCAGCUUGCGUUACGAGUUACUAAGACAAAAUCACCGGUCUUCUCUUACACUUAUCUAACCUUAACGAAAGACGAGUUAGGGGUCAGCAUACGGCAACUGGACAAGCGGCUGUCGAUGUUUCUACAGACCAUGGCGCAUGAAGAAAAUACUCUGACCAUAGUUACGUCGGAUCAAGGCCCAACAGCAACUAAGUAUUCAAUGGACACCAUUAGUGGAAGAUAUGAGAUGUAUGACCCCCUUCUUUUUAUGAUUAUACCCAAGCAAAUAUCUCUGAAACUUGGAAAACAACAAAUGGAAACUUUGAUUCAGAACCAACAUCGGUUAAUAUCUCACAUUGAUCUUCACAAUACCAUUGUUUCGAUCGGUAAUUUGGGAGGAAAUCAGCGCGGGCACAGUAAGGGACUUUUAGCAGAAAUUGCCAUCAAUCGAACAUGCGCAGAUAUUGGUAUCAGUGAAGAAGCCUUGUGCAAGUGUCGCGGUUGGGAAGAAUGGUUCCCGGAUGAUGACCCAAGAUUCACCUGGAUCGCAGAGUUUGCUCUCGGGGAACUAAACAACAUACUUCAAGAUGUGAUGCAAAAUUUCUAUUUGUUAAAUAAAGCACAUAUCAAAUGCCAGAGACUAAUCGGUUACGCCAUUGAAAAGAUUCACCAAAGAAAGGACAAACGUGUUCUUUCUCUAGAUUUAGUCACACAUCCUGGAAGAAAGUUGUUUGAAACCAACAUUUACCUUCCAAUAAGCUUUUCUUUAGAGGCCGGCAACACAAACUCUCUGUUCCAGGGAAGUGGAGAGUUAGUAAAAGUACUUGGCUUUCGAAGAGGAGAUCUUCAACUUGACCUUACACCUACUGCAAAGAGCGGUCCAGCGAUUAAUCUAUGUUUGAAAGGUUUUCACUUUUCGAACAACAUGACGCGAACGAAAAGAUAUUCUGGUGCGACAGAUGUAAAAUAUGACGGGAACAUGCUACAAAUGGCACAUCGUUCCAAACACUUCGGUACUCAUUCACGAAUUCGAGUACUUGACUGGCGAGAGAAAUGUCUCUUUCUUUUAACCAGAACGCAUUUUAAUCAAACAGUUGCGUUAGAAGUUUUAAACACCUGUGUUGACCGGACUUUCCUGGUUAAAGUUGACAUAUCGAAUCAGAAGGAACAUGUGCAUCUAACGAAAAAGCUUCCAGUGCUAGUUCAACUAGCUCCGGGGACCUUUCGAUUUUUAUUCUGUGCUUAUAUGAGAGACAAGACCAUAAUUCUUCAACCAAAAAUUUCCUUUAAAGUUGUCAAAGUCAAUGUUUAAGGCAAGAAAGUGUUUAGUGGACUGGACUAAAACGUGGUCGUUUUUACACAGAAACAAUUCUUAAGGAUAAUUGUAGUUCUUUUACUAUUGAGUCAUUCAAACUUGAUUUUACUGGAUAAAGGGAAUAAGUUUGGUGCAACGUCGGUGGACGGUAUUACAAGAUAAUUUGGUUUAUCAACGCAGCUGAUAAUGUAAACUGUCCACUGCAUAAAGUUUCCAAAGCAGACGUUUCGAGCCUUAGCCCAUGCAUCUUCAAAGCGACGAACGACUACCACUCACCGAAAAACCCCCUUUAAGGAGUGCCAAUAAAGUUUGUACUGUAUUGUA